CAACCUCCCACACACACACCAACACAACAAAACUAAAAUGGCAUUCAGUUACGCCUGCCUUACACUACAACGUGUAGUUCUACCAAUUGUUUUGGUAUUAGCUGCACUAUAUCGUCCUGUUGGUAUAUCAUUCGUAUACCUGUUAAUGUUCUUUAUUUCACCGUUUAUACCGGUGGCCACCAAACAGAAUUUCAAAGGUUCUGUCACAGCCUAUCUGAUAAUUUUAUUAGCGUUAAGUACAAUACUCCUACUAUGUCACAUCGGACUACAAGUUUCGAUAUUGGCGCUGGACAUCGGUGAUAUGUUCGGUACGUGUACCUUUACCGAACGACUACUAAGGCACAUUGGAUUUAUUGGUUUUCGACAAUUGAAAGCCUUUGCCAUUGUUGAAUGGCUGGCGCCAGAAGUGGUGGUCUUCAUCACCUCCCUGGUCGUGUAUAUAAUCUCCAAAAAGAUAACCCAAACUGUUGAGCCCCAACUGGAAACAGGUGAUGCGGAGGCGAUACGUGAAAAUGGUGGUGGUGGCGGUGCGGGUACCAGUGCUGGCAGUGAAAAUCCCAAUGAGGAAAUUCUAAAUGCCAUUGUCGAAGAUGCACAAAGACAAAAACAUGUUGUGGUUGCCUCAUCCUCCGCCUCGGCUGCUGCAACAGUCGAUGAUAAUACUAAGCCAAAUUUCGAUGGACUGAUAAAAAUAUCCCCCCUUUUCUGUUUGGCGACCCUAUUCUUUUCGGCCGUUCUCCGACCAAGUGUACCAGGUGGUUUUUAUUUUUCAAUAUUCCUGCUAUCGGGUUUAUAUUGGGCAACGUUCCAAUCAUUGCAAAGGAAAUUUGCCAUGUUAUUACGUUUCGUUAUGGUUGUCAUUGUGGCCCAUACCCUUUGUAUUGUCGCCUAUCAAACGCCAUGGAUGCAGGACCAUUUGGACAAGACAAGUUUAACAGCCAGAUUAAUUGGUCUGGAACCUCUCAUCACAUCAACAUGUGACAAUGACAUACGAAUUGUUGUCUACAAUACCGAAUACAAGGCGGACUCAUUUUUGAAUCCAAUUGUGUUAUUCUUUACCUACUAUGCGUUGGCCCUGACCACCAAGAAUCUCAUUAAAAUUAGGAUAAUAACAAAACCAGCCACCGCUUUUGGCCAAGAUCUCGAUAACAAUAGUAGCCAUAAGAUACAGCGUCAAAUAUCGCUGAUAACACAAUCGACGCGCAGUAGCAAACGCGAUGGUGGUAGUCGAAUAAAAACCCAGCGUCUCAAUGUAAGAUUUUUCUUCAUACGGAUAUCAUUUUUUUGUUACUUGUUAAAAUAUGUUACUAUACGCCGUGAUCAACAACGUCCUCAAUUUAUAACUGAACCGACUGAAACAACGCCUUUAAUGCGUGCGGCUACACGUAAACCAGCCAAUGAUACAAACAGUUCAACUGUUGCAAUUGGAGGUGGUGGUGGCCAAACAUCACCCAAUGACAUACCACUGAGUAGCAUGGAAACAAAUCGUUCCCAUCAUCCACGUGAGGAGGAAUAUAAAUCCGGCAUUUUGGAUCAAAUUGCCUAUGGCAUAACGGGUGUUGGUGGUUUUAUCUAUCAGAAUAGUUAUAUAUUCACCAAUGUUCUGAUGAUGGCCUGGUCAAUUAUCUAUCACAGCUGGCUAACAUUUGUCCUGCUGCUGUGGGCCAAUGUUUUGUGGAUGAUACCAAAUCAACGCAAGGCCAUGAUGCGUUCUAGUCUUUUUAUUGUAAUUUAUGCAGAGUUGUUGUUAAUUGCCCAAUAUAUUUACGGCAUGGAUUUGACAAACGACGAAUUGCCCUCCAAAAUUAAGAUAACCGGCAUUAAUUUACAACAAAUCGGGUUUGAACGUCCCAAGGACAACGAUAUGCAACCCUGUGUCCCGUUAAUAGUUAAAACCUCCUUCUUGCUAAUGUUUUGGGUAACGAUGCGUCAAUUUUUCAAGGAGAAAACGGAUAAACGUCGUGAUAGUACCUUGGCGGAUAUGUUCGCCCCGUUGCAUUUGUCCGUGCGCUCAUCGGCAGUGAAUGGUGAUGAUGCCGAUGGUGCUGAUGCUAAGAAAACUUCAAAGUUCCUAAAGAAAAUUGGCACCGUUAUUAAGAAUCUCUUGGUUCGACUAUGGAUAUGGUUAUUGAUUUUGGUCAUAUUUCUGUGUGCCAUGACGGGUGACAAAAUGACCGGUUUUCGUAUUUGCUAUAUGGCCCUCUUCCUAUUCUUUUUAUUGGUAUUCCAAUCGUCAUCGAAAGCCUGGGUAAAGUUGAUGUAUGGAUUUUGGUUGUUCCUCAUCUUCUAUGCCAUGUCCAUAUUGAUCCUGAUUUAUACCUAUCAGUUUGAUAAAUUCGAUCAGUAUUGGAAUGAUUAUUUGAAUAUCUCCAAGACAUUACAAACGGACAUUGGUCUGGAACGUUACAAGACCAAAGAUUUACUGCUGCAUUUCAUAUCGCCCACCAUUAUCGUCAUUCUAACCGUAAUACAAGUUCACUAUUUCCAUAAACGUUUUAUUGCCUCAAUGAAUCAAACGCCCGUCGUCGAAAAGCCCGGUCCCGAUCAACAACAACGUCAACGCACCAAAAGUGGUUCCCGUCCCGCCGACUAUGAAAUGAAAGAUUUCACCGAAUCGGCCGGUGAAUUGAUUCGUCUGUUCUUGAAACGUUUCCGCCAAAAGGCUGAGAAAUUACUAAAACAAUUUAAGGGUGUUUUCUGGAGCAUUUUGGAAUUACAUUGGAUUAAAGUGGUUUAUAUAACGGCAUUUGUAUGUGCUGUUAGUGAGGUAUCCCUACUCCAUGUACCCUUCAUUGUAUUGUGCGUUAUUGGUGUCAUCUCCAAUGUACGCAUGCGCAUCUUUUUCAGUCGUGUCAUCUCGUUGGUAGUCACUCUAAUUGUUCUCUCAAAAAUGAUCUAUCAAAUUGCCUAUUUGGAUCACACGAAAUAUAAUGCGGAAUGUGUAGAAAAUGGACAAACGAAAAUUGUCGGUAACAAUGCCGAAUGGUUUGGCUUGUUUAAGGCAAAUUCUGAAACUGGCCUAAUGGGUCUGCUAAAGAAAUAUAUAAUUUAUAUGGUAAUCGCUACACUGCAUGCUGUCAUUUCUCUACGUCAAUAUCAAAUGCGUCGCCUGAAGGGUACCCAAAAUGAUCCCUUACCUAAAGUGCCAUUCCCCGAAGUGACACGUGAAGAUGCCGAAAAGAAAUUAGAGAGUAUGAUUAAAUAUUUACUGAAUUAUGGUUUUUAUAAAUUUGGUUAUGAGAUUUGUAUGAUCGCAUUGGUAUCCACUAUAACCUAUCGUCAAGAUAUUGUUGCGGUCGCGUAUGCUGUUUGGUUGGUGCUGUUGCUGAUAUUCAAGCGGAAGAAGAUUGCCCAUUUCUGGAGUGUCUUUCAGAUAUUUAUAUUGAUAUCGAUUAUUGUUCAGUAUAUUGUUUUGGUACAAUUGCCACCGACAAUGUGUACAAAAUACAUCUGGGAAGGAUCACCAUUUUCCGAUUCCAUACAACGAUGGGCAAUGUUGCCGGGUCACCUGAAAUACGAUCACACCAAAAAGUUAAUAUUCGAUUUUAUAUUACUGCUCUUGGUGAAUCGUCAGAAACGUGUCUUCUCCAUUGAGAAUAUACCCAAUUUCCCGGGCGGUAGCAAUCAAUCGGUCGUCAAGGAUAUUGCCAAUUUGGGCAAAGUUGAAUUCGUUAAUCCUACUCAUGAUUUCCUUUCUCAUAUGCGCAAUUAUUUGGAUAUUUUCAAACAUGCCAUUCUGUGUGGCUUCUAUUGGGUAACUUUAGCUGUGGUGUUUUUGGCUGGUACCAGUAUUGCAGACUUUUUGGCUUUGGGCUACUUGAUCGGGGCCUUCUUCUUUUUGUGGGAAGGUUCUGAUUUCUAUUUAAGGCCGAUAAAAUCCAUAAUUGGCCUAUGGAAAAUUCUGAUAGCCUAUAAUGUGGCAAAUAUUGUGAUAAAAACAUGUUUGCAAAUGGCCGGAUGUAUGUUCAUGGAAACGUUGGUGACCAAUUGUUGUUGGCUCGUGCACAUGUUGGGCAUCAACUGUGCCAGCAAAGGUCCCUCGGCGGUUGAUGUCAACGAUGAUAAUGAUCCGGAAUGCCCUGCCACCACAGUACAAGUUGUCCUACUAUGGGAUUCGAUAUGUUUUGCCUUCCUCAUAUUCCAAUUGAGAAUAUUCAAAUCACAUUAUUUCUGUCACAUCAUCACCGACACAAGGGCGAAUAACAUAUUGGCAUCAAGAGGUGCCGAAAUCAUUGAACAUCUGCGUCAAAAACAAAUCGAAAAACGCCAAGAAUACGAAGAAGAGGUCUUGCAUAAAAUCAAACGUAAAAUGGAAAAGAUCCGUGCCACCCAACAGAAAAUGCUUAGACCUUUGGAGAAACCCACACACUUUGAUGAACAUGGAAAUCCAGUUUAUGGCUCACGACCACAUAAAAGGAAAGAAAUUAAAUUGCAUCCUGCCGCUGUGCGUGCUGGAGAUUAUUACAUGUUCGAGGACAUUGAUGAUAAAUUCGAAUUGGAUUUAAUAACCGAUAGUGAUGGCCUUUUCGAUAAUGACAAUGAAAAUAUCACGGAAAGUGAAAUCAAAAUGAAUCGUCGCAAGACUUUGUAUGAUGAGAGUCAAAAACCACGACCCCAAAAAGAUUCAUUGACCGAUACAGCUGGACCUUCUACCAGUAAGGCAGGAGGAGGAACAGCAACAGGUGGAGGUGAGACGCCAGCGAAAAUGCCCACAAUGGAACCCAGACAAAAAACCGAAGUCGAUAGUGGUGAAAUAACUGAAAAGGAUACCGAAGAAGAUUUUGAAGCCAAUCCCAUAAUACGUUUAAUGGAAGGUUUCUUGGUAUCGCUAACCAUUCGUCUAAAUCGUUUCUCACGCAAUUAUCGUUAUGUCAACAAAAUAUUGGAGGAGGAAAAGAAGGCACUUAAGGAAUCGAAUAAUCUCUAUAUGUUCAAUGGUCGUUUUAGUGGCCGCAACGCUGCUGCCAUAUUCAGUUUAAUGAAACGUAACAUUGCCAGUGAUGAACAUGAAGAUGCUACACGUCCUAUUGCUAGUACCCCAACAUCAUCGAAGAGGAAUUCUUCUAACAGUGCACCAUUCUCCACCACAAAUCCACAACAACCACACAAUGAUUAUAAUAAUAUGCAACAAUCACCACAACCACCAUCACAAAUACCACCACUCAUUAACAUAUCAACAACAUCACAACCACCCCAACAACAACAACAAUAUAAUGAUGAUAUCAAUGCCAUUGAACCAUCAUCAUCGUAUGAUGUCGUUGAUAGCAAAGAGACACUAUCGGAACCGAAUAGUAGCAAUAAACUUGUACGACCAAAGGGGCGUAAAUCCGAGCCUUUACCCGAAAUACGCAUAAAGGCUCCAUCGUUCGAUCGUAGUCGCCGUGGCUCAGUUGCUCUAAUUACAAAUCAGUGGGCUCAAGAGAAAGUUACCAGCACUGAACUUGCCUUUGAUGAAGAUGAUUUUACGGCACGCGAUCACAAUAUUAUUGUAGAAGUUUUAAUAUCGGCCUGGUAUGCCAUCUUAUCGAACACGGACUUAAUUUGUUACAUUGUGGUGUUCAUUAAUCAGAUUGUCAAUGCCAGUUUAAUAUCCCUGCCCUUGCCAUUGAUGAUAUUCCUUUGGGGCACCUUGUCGCUGCCACGUCCCACAAAAACAUUUUGGGUUACGCUGAUUGCAUACACUCAGGCCAUUGUACUUAUUAAAUGUAUAUUCCAAUUCAAAUUGAUUUGGACCAAUUAUCAUUAUAAUUUACCCAAUAAUCCAUUGGGUAUUGAAAAAUUAUUUGGCGUUGAAAUGAUACCCGAUUAUGCUACAUAUGAUUUGCUGCUGCUGUUGGUAUUAUUCUUCCAUAGAUUUAUUUUGAAAUCUCAUGGCUUAUGGAAAAUCGAUAACUAUAAGACUGCCAUGUUCCAAAGUGAAGCUGACGAUGAGGAUCGCAAUAGUCUCAAUGCCUCCAAUGCCGAUUGUGCUGAACUAAACUCAAACAGUGAUCGUCGGCGUUCGAAUGGCUCGGAGGAUUAUGCUUCGGGCAGUCGGGGUAGUAUUUCUGCCACCAAUGAAUUGGUUAAGCGGGUUGAAAGUUUCCAACGUCAUAAAUAUCUGUGUGGCCUAUCGAAAUUCUUCCAUAAUCUAAUGCAUAAGGCCCGUUUGCCAACCGAUGUCUAUGCCUUGAUGUUCUUAUGUGAUUUCAUUAAUUUCUUUGUACUUUUAUUUGGAUUUACAGCAUUUAGUUCAAAACUCUCUGAUGGUGGUGUAAAAACCUAUUUGGCCGAGAACAAAGUUCCAGUGCCGUUCCUUAUUAUGUUGUUGGUUCAAUUCAUAUUGAUUGUUAUCGAUCGUGCUUUGUAUUUACGCAAAGCGUUGGUCUUCAAAAUUGCCUUCCAUUUUAUAUCGGUGGUUGGUAUACACAUAUGGAUGUUCUUUGUGGUGCCCGCGGUAACGGAACGUAGCUUCUAUGCCUCAGCGCCACCAAUAAUAUUCUACAUCAUCAAAUGUUUCUAUUUACUGCUGUCAAGUUAUCAAAUCAAAUGUGGUUAUCCCACGCGUAUUUUGGGUAAUUUCCUAACGAAGAGUUUCUCAAUGAUCAAUAUGAUUUCGUUUAAAAUUUACAUGGUCAUCCCCUUCUUGUAUGAAUUGCGAACAAUUCUGGAUUGGUUGUGCACCGAUACCACAAUGACUUUGUUCGAUUGGUUGAAAAUGGAGGAUAUUUUUGCAAAUAUCUAUUCGAUAAAAUGUCUACGUCAAAUGGAAACCGAUUUCCCAGCUGUUCGUGCCCAAAAGAAGGCCGCCUUUAUGAAGUUAUUAAUGGGUGGUGCUGUCAUUCUAUUUAUUGUAUUCCUUAUAUGGGGUCCCCUUACCCUGUUUGCCCUUUUCAAUGCUGUCGGUCAAUCGAAUGUUCCAACAGAGGUGAAAGUUUCGUUGAGAAUUAGUUCAUACGAACCGAUUUAUGUUACCAGUACCCGAGAAAGUACCUAUGUUUUUAACGAUGAAAUGUUUUCGCAAAUGAAAAAUGCCUACAUAAAGGAACGCGAGGCAUUGUCAUUCUUAUUGAACUAUGAUGCGUCAGAUAUUGCCGCAAUUAAAUUGAGUGGUAAUUCUCCGACAAUGUGGAAUAUUGCACCACCUGAUAAGAUGCGUUUGCUGGGUGAAUUGAAUAGCAAUGCCACAUUAACGGUACGUUUGGCCUAUGAACUGACACGUACACCACCCACAAAAGGCCAAACGGGUACUGUUGGCUCCGAAAUCACCUUUCAAAUGAAUGAUACAUAUGCGUAUCGAGACAUUCUGAAGGCCAUGAUAACCGGAGGAUCCAAUGACAACAAUUCCACCAAUAAUGGAACAUUACUGGAGGCCAUUAUACCAAAUAUUGUACCGAAAUUUAUUAAAGUUCUCAAUUCAGCUGAUCCAAUGUAUGUCUCAGCCUUGCUGGUGAAUACCAAUAACAACUUCCGCGAUUUGGGUAUUAAGGUCCACACAAACAAUUACAGCUUCCAGUGGUGGGAAAUUGCAGAUCAUUGUGAUGAAAGUCAUAAUAAUGUUGGUGGUUCUGGUAGCAGCAGUAGUAGCAGUAAUGCUGCUGCUGAUGAUGACGAUGAUGAUGGCAUCGAUAAGGCCACAGAAAUAUUGAAAAAAUUACCAUUAUAUGAUUGCAAUUCGGGUAUUGUUUUCUACACCUUUAACGAUAAGAAAUUCCCCUCAACAUGGACCUUUAUUACAGCGGGAGGCAUCAUCGGUAUCUACACCACAUUUGUUUUAGUGGUCUCGAGAUUUUUGAAGGGCUUCUUGGGUGGCCAGACUCGUAAAAUUAUGUAUGAAGAUUUGCCCAAUGUCGAUAGAGUGUUGCAAUUGUGCCUUGAUAUUUAUUUGGUAAGAGAAGCUUUAGAGUUUAUGCUCGAAGAAGAUCUAUUUGCCAAAUUGCUCUUCCUAUACCGUUCACCGGAGACCAUGAUUAAAUGGACAAGACCGCGUGAAGAAAUUGCCGACGAUGAAACGGAUACAGAUUCAGUGCGUAGCAGAGCCAGUGGGAGAAGAGAACAUCAACAACAACAAUAA